CAAGCUUAUCCCCUAAAACCCUAAAAUUUCUCACUCCCCUCGACUAGGGUUUUGCGCUCAUCACCUUCAAAUCUCAUUCUAUUCUCAAAUUCGAUCGCCAAUCCAACGGCUUUAUCAGCGAUGGACUCCCAAAUACGCCUCAACUUCAGUAAUUUCCUGGGCCAAAACUACGAACUUGCACUAAACCAAUCGAUUCAAACCCUCUUAGAUUCACUUCAUGAACCCAACUUCGAUUCCUCUGUUUUUGCCUCAAUUUUUCUCGAACUACUGCAAUCUAGGAUAGACCCACCGCUUGAAACCAUCUGGGUUUACUCAGCUUUGACCUUUCUCAAUCUUAGUUCACAAAAAGAGCGGUCUUUUGAUCGACUUGCAGUUACAAAAGAGUUGUUUCAGUUGAUUUCUUCUUGUUCUGUUUCCUCUAGUUCUUCAAAAAGUAUUGCGUUAAUGGCUCCGGUUUUAUGUAAUUUGUAUAGUGUUAUUAUUGAUUUGAAGGAAAAAGAUAUGGGUUUUAAGGCCGAGAGAAAAGCUAUGAGAAAGAUCAAGGCUUUGGUUGAUGUGAUUCUUGGGUAUAUUAAUGUGUGUUGUGAGGGUUUAAGAGGUGAUGGUGAUUCGGACAAGUUACAAAUGGGUUCAGAUAAUAUGACAAUGCCUUUGGAGGAUUUGGUUAGUGUUUGGAUUGGGGAUAGGUUGGUGGAAAAGGGGGUGGAGGGUUUGAGUGUGUUUUUCCCGCUUUUGACUGUUGACAUUGUUGAAUGGUUGCAUAAUGGAGAAUGCGGAAUCAGUGAGCUAGCUGGGGUUGUGAUUUUGGAGGCUUUUUUGCUGAAAUUGUGGCUGGGAAUUUGCGAGGGGGAUAUGAAAAUGGACUUGAAGAAUGAAUUGAGGACUUGGGCUGUUGGUUCCGUUACUGGUUUUCAAAACAUCCACUUCUUCGAGACCCUGGUGAGGAUGCUGCUGGAGCCAACUUUGCCGGUAACCUGCCUAUUGAAUUUGGAAGAUGAGGUUUUUAUGAGAGAAGUUCUGUAUGAUGCCGUGAUAUUGGUGGAGUAUGCUUUCCUUAAUCCUUACAUUGUGGAUCAUUUAUCUCCCAAGACCAUAAGAAGGCUUGCUAUUGCAAGAUUGAUGGUUACCCAUGAAGCCAUAGAGUUAUUUAGGAAACAGGGGCAUCAGACAAAAGCUCUCUCUUACACAACUGCGUUCUCUGGUUCUCACUUGCAUUCCCAACUAAUGAAAUGGGUCACAAGUGAGAUUGGGAUGGAGAGCAAAGACAGUGGACCAAAUGGAUCUUCUCCCAAGGCCUUUUUAAAGUGGUUGGUUCGCCUAGAGAACAAAGGGAUAAGAUUACUUGAUGGCUGCUUGUCAAAACAUCGUGCCCAAUUAGUACUUGACAAUUCAAAAGAAGACUACGGGCAAUCAGCAUAUAAAACAGAUGGGAAUAAAGCGGAUGCUGAUCUCCUCUUUUACAUAGAUAACAAAGGGGAAGAAAAAGAUGGGAACGAGGAAGAUGAAAAGACGAAUAUUCCAUGA